UCCUGACUGGGACCUAUGUACUCUCAGCACAAGACUAUGGACUAUUCCUGGCAGACGAGGAUCCCAAGAAAGGGGGUGUGGCUGGAGCCAGGCAGGACACUGGACUAUUAUCUCCUCAGGGACGGGGAUUUAUUGGAAUACAAGAAGAAAAUGCGAAUUCUACAAAUCAAAACGUUGGACGGCAUGCAGAAGAAGUUACAAGUAGAUGACAGCCACACGGUGGGACAGCUGAUGGUCACCAUCUGUACCAAGAUGGGUAUCUCUAACCAUGAGGAAUACUCCUUGGUCCGCGAGAUGACGGACGACGAGAAAGAGAAAACGCUGACUCUCCGCCGAGACAAGUCCAUCGCCAAGGACCAGAAGAAACUCGACGAGAUGAGAAAGAAACUCCACACGGACGAUGAACUGGAGUGGUUGGACCAUUCGCGGACCCUGAGAGAACAGGGGGUGUUGGACGUGGACACACUACUGCUGAGGAGGAAGUUCUUUUUCUCCGACCAAAAUGUGGACCAGCGCGACCCUGUACAACUCAAUCUGCUAUACGUACAGUCCCGAGACGCCAUCUUGGACGGGACCCACCCGGUCACUCAGGAGGAGGCGAUCCAGCUGGCCGGGAUACAGGCACACAUACAGUUUGGCGACUACAACGAAAACAAACACAAGACGGGAUUCCUAGAAUUAAAGGAGUUUUUACCAAAAGAAUAUGUCAAAACACAGAAAAUAGAAAAGAGAAUAUUUGCAGAACACAAGAAGUGGGUUGGCGUCCAUGAGUUUGAGGCCAAGGCCAAGUACACUCAAAAAUGUCGCGGACUCAAGACUUAUGGAAUCACUUUCUUCCUUGUCAAAGAAAAAAUGCCUGGAAAGAAUAAACUGGUGCCCCGCUUACUUGGUAUCACAAAAGAAAGCGUGGUUAGGAUGGACGAAAAAACCAAAGAGAUCCUGAAGACCUGGCCGCUGACCACAGUCAAGAGAUGGGCCGCCUCCCCCAACAGCUUUACCCUGGAUUUUGGAGACUACUCAGACUCAUAUUACUCGGUCCAAACUCAGGAAGGUGAGCAGAUAUCUCGACUCAUCGCUGGAUACAUCGACAUCAUCCUCAAACGGAAAAAAGACAAGGACCAUCUGGGUAUAGAGGGCUCGGACGAGGCCCCUAUGUACGAAGACAGCGUGUCGCCAGCCAAGGCGACCAUUAUUUCCCGUAUGCAGGGAAACGUCAGUCAUCCCGACGUAGGAAACGUGGCCCUGCCCGGAGUGAUGAGAGGCGGAGUCUCGGGGGAAAACACCAUCUCCGUCGGGUCAAUGUCAUCCGCCCAACACGGACAGGUCUCUAGCGAAAUGCAUCAUGUGCAUGGCAACAGACAGAGUCAGAACAUACAGGAGCACGGUCUGUCCCAGUCCCAGAGGGCCCUGCUGACCUGUAUAGAGGAGGGGAUCACCUCUAUAAGACAGGCCGAGUCUCAGAUGGACAAAGGCGCCGCGCUGCCCAACCUCGGAAACGACGCCGCUUCCAAAAAGUGGAGACAGAACAUGCUAGACUUGUCACGGCAGAAGGUCGGGGCCCAGCUCUCCGCGAUGAACGCCGCCACCGCCCAGCUGGUUACCAUGUCGAUAGAUGACGAGAUAGACACGAGCCGCGUGGGUGCUGCCGUGGCACAGAUAACGUCAAACAUUGACGACUUCUCUCAGGACGUGAGGAUGCUGGGAGCUCUCCAGGACGACGAUGCUAGUCGUAACAAACUCCUGGGGGCUGCCAAACGCCUGUGUGGUGCUUUCUCUGACCUCCUGAACGCCGCCGAACCCGGGCAGAAAGAGGGUAAAUCUAACCUGAUCACUGCGGCUAAGACGGUCGGCGAGGCAUCACAGGAAGUGAUGACAGGCAUCGGAGAGACGGCCGACGACAUGGACAGGAUGUACCAGGAGACAUUGCUAGCUCUUGCUAAGGCAGUGGCCAAUGCGACGGCCCAGCUCGUCCUGAAGGCCAAGAGUGUGGCCAGCACCACCGAGGACCAGGGGCUUCAGAACAAGGUCAUCAGCUCAGCGACCAGCUGUGCCCUCGCGACGUCACAGCUCGUGGCCUGUACCAAGAACAAACUGAUCGACUGGGCGACGGUCUGUACCCUCGCCACAGAUCAACUCGAAGCUUGUUGCAAGGUGGUGGCUCCGACCAUCAGUAGCCCGGCCUGUCAGGAACAGCUGAUAGACGCCGCAAAGGGUGUGGCUCACUCUGUGGAGGGAAUCGUGGAGGCGGCCCAGCAGUCCUGCCGCGACGACAAGCUUCUGGCCGACCUAGGCGCCGCAGCCACCGCGGUUACUCAGGCUCUUAACGACCUGCUACAGCACAUCAAGAAGGGGGCAGGACCGACCGCGGCUGGGGAAUCCCACGAGGAUGCAGUGGACACGAUCCUGACUGUGACGGACAGACUGUUCAGUAGUGUGGGGGACGCCCACGAGAUGGUGAGACAGGCCAGGCAGCUAGCUCAGGCGACCUCUUCAUUGGUUGGGGCCAUCAGGGGAGAAGCCGAGGGCCACUCUGACUCGGACAUGCAGAAGCGGCUCCUGGCCGCCGCCAGACAACUCGCUGAUGCCACCGCGAACAUGGUGGAAGCUGCCAAGGGCUGUGCGUCGAGUCCGAACGACUCGGAGCAGCAGAAGAGACUACGAGGCGCUGCAGAGGAUCUCCGGGCUGCCACAAAUAUCGCCGCCAGCAACGCCCUCAAAAAGAAACUCAUCAGGAGGCUAGAGAACGCCGCGCGUCGUACCGCCUCAGCCACCACACAGCUGAUUAACGCCUCAAAGAACGCUAACAAAUCCAACACUAACAAAACCUCGGAACAUCAACUGACUCAACAAUGUCAGAUCAUGAAUGAACAGCUGCCUCUGUUGAUCCAAGGAUUCCGGGGAUCUGAGACAAACCAGGACAGCGCUACAGCCCAGCUACAACUGAUUAAUGCCAGCAAGGAAUUUAUACAGCCUGCCAGUCAGCUGGUAUCCGCCGCAAACGCCGCAGCCCCAACGGUUGGAGAUCAAGCCGCAAGCAUGAACAUGAACCAGGCAGUGAAGACGAUGACCACCGCGCUCGCUGAGCUGAGAACCGCCUCUGGGAAGGCAGAGGAGAUGUGUAUCUCACUGGAGGUUGAUGCCGCGCUUGAUCAGCUGACCGAACUCGACCGCGAGCUGGAGGAGUACCGCAGAGCCGCCGACAGCGGUAACCUUGUGCCACUACCCGGUGAAACGGUGGAGGCGUCGGCCAUGAAACUUGGCUCCACCUCUAAGAACGUGGGAUCGGCGAUGGCUCAGCUACUGACGGCUGCCUCACAGGGCAAUGAGAAUUACGUGGGUGUAGCAGCCAGGGACACCGCGAACGCUCUCCGCGUGCUGACAGAAGCCACGCGCGGUGUCGCCUCAACCUCAGAAGACAUCGAGGUCAGACGGCAAGUGAUCGACAGCGCCCGUGACGUAAUCGACAAGUCAACGCAUCUACUGGAGGAGACGAAGCGAGCCAUGAACGACCCAGAAAACCCUGAGAACCAGGCUAGACUUAACCAGGUGGCCAAGGCUGUGUCGAGUGCGCUCAACAACUGUGUGAACGCCCUUCCCGGACAGAGAGACGUGGAUAACGCCAUCAGACAGAUCACAGACUCGAGCCAGGAGCUGGCGUCCACCAAGUACCCGAGCACAGACCGCACGUUCCAGGAGAUCCAGAUCGAGAUCAACAACGCCGCUGUCAAUCUCAACCAGGCCGCCAGUGACAUCGUCACCGCAUCUCGUGGCACACCUAAACAACUCGCCGAGUCAUCUCGCGAGUACAGCUCGUCUUACUCAGAGUUCAUCAAAUCUGGACUCACCAUGGCAGGUCUGUCCAAGGAUGGAGACACACAGAACCAGAUUGUGGGCGGACUGAAGAACGUCUCCAUGGUUUCAAGUAAACUGCUGCUGGCCGCCAAAUCUGUGUCGGCCGAUCCAAACGCUCCCAACACCAAGAAUCUGCUCUCGCAGGCCGCCAGAGCGGUGACGGAGAGCAUUAAUCAGCUGAUCAACGUCUGUACUGUGUCGGCUCCAGGACAGAAGGAGUGUGAUAACGCCCUCAGACAGAUACAGAUGAUGAAAUCUAUGCUGGAGAGUGCCAAUGAACCAGUGACUGACCUGUCGUAUUUCGAAUGUCUGGACUCCGUCAUGGAGAAAUCUAAGCUGUUGGGAGACUCUAUGACUGGGAUCACGAACCACGCCAAGAAGGGUGACCUGGAGAACUUCUGUGAUUCCGUGGGGAACUUCUCAACAUCUGUUUGUGGACUCACUGAGGCCGCCUCACAGGCAGCCUACCUUGUGGGCAUCGCUGAUGGAGCGUCAGAGCCCGGAAGGCCCGGGCUGGUGGACCAGUCCCAGUUUGCCCGGGCUAACCAGGCCAUACAGAUGGCGUGUCAGAACCUGGUUAACCCGGCCAGCUCCCAGCAACAGUAUUACAUGGCGGAAAGCUGUAGGUCAAUGGUGUUGUCAGCAGCAACAGUGGUUGCUAAGCACACGUCAGCCCUGUGUAACGCCUGUCGCCUGGCCUCCAGCAAGACCUCCAAUCCUGUCGCUAAGCGACACUUUGUACAGAGUGCCAAGGACGUUGCCAACAGCACAGCCAACCUGGUCAAGGCCAUCAAGGCGCUGGACCAGGAUUUCACUGAGGAGAACCGCCAGCGAUGUGCGGAGGCCGCCAAACCACUGACAGAUGCAGUGGAUGAACUCACCACAUUUGCCUCCUCUCCCGAGUUUGCCAGCAUGCCAGCCAAGAUCAGCCCUGAGGCAAGGAAGGCCCAAGAGCCCAUUGUGUCGGCAGGUAAGGCGAUGAUCGAUGGAGCGUGUCACAUGGUGACGGCCGCCAAACAGCUGGCUGUCAACCCAAAGGACCCGCCCACUUACCAACUGUACUCCAACCACUCCAAGAGUGUGUCCGAGGCCAUCAAACGACUCGUGUCCUCCAUCAAGGACUGUGCGCCGGGUCAGCGUGAGUGUGACGAGUCGAUCGACAAACUGAACCGCUCCAUCCGCGACCUGGACCAGGCCUCACUGGCCGCCAUCAGUCAGAGUCUACAGCAACGGACCGAGAAAUCCCUCAGGGGAUUCCAAGAACAGAUGAUUGGGAGUGCAAGAGAAAUCCAUGACCUUUGUUCCAAGGUCAAGGACUCAGCUAAAGCAGAGCCGGAGAAUCUGGGUCACAGGGUGACAAUGAUGGCCAGCUACUUCGGCCCACUCUCGGAUGGUGCUGUAGGUGCCGCCUCGCUGAUCCAGAACUCCAAACAACAGACCCACAUCCUGGACCUGACUAAGACCGUGGCCGAGUCGGCACUUCAGUUCAUGUACUCCUGUAAGGAAGGGGGAGGCAACCCUAAGGCCCCUAAGCACACCCAUGAUAACAUUGACACAGCAGCAGACAACACAAUGGACGUCGUACAGGACCUGUUACAGUCUCUGGAGGAGGCCGCCUCACAGGCCGGCGUAGUCAACAGUAUGAUAGAGAAACUCACCAAAUCAAUCACUAAGACGGACGAGCAAGUAAUGGUGAGGGAGGGGAUGUCCUUCGUGGAGUACCAGUCCAACAUGGUCAGUCUGGCCAAGAAGAUCGCCAUGACGACGCAGGAGAUGGUGGGCAAGGCGGGGGUGAACCCGGGCGACCUCGGGCGACUGGCCAAUCAGCUGACACGAGACUACGAUGUGUUGGCCAGUAACUCUGCAAAUGCCGCCGCAACCUCCAACAGUCAGGAUAUUGCGAAUCGCAUCCGUACGACGGUCCAAGACCUGGGUAAGAGCUGUGUGGAGCUGGUACAGGACGCCGGCAAAGUCCAGGGCGACCCACACGACACAUACGCGAGACGCGACCUCCAGGACCAUGCCCGCAGCGUCAGUGAGAAGGUGGCCUUUGUUCUAGCAGCAUUACAGUCCGGGUCUCGCGGUACCCAGGCCUGUAUCAAUGCGGCAAGCGCGGUGAGCGGAAUCAUUGCUGAUCUGGACACCACCAUUAUGUUUGCCACCGCCGGAACUCUGUGUACUGAGGGAGAUGACAGUUUCGCCAGCCACAGAGAGGACAUCCUGAAAACGGCGAAGGCUUUGGUAGAGGAGACCAAGAAGUUGGUACAGGGCGCCGCAUCCGAUCAGGAAACGCUCGCCGGGGCCGCUCAACAGGCCGUCAAAACCAUCACCAAACUCGCAGAUGUCGUCAAACUUGGUGCAGCCUCACUCGGAUCUAACCAACCUGAGGCUCAGGUGAUGAUAAUUAACGCGGUGAAGGAUGUGGCUUCCGCACUCUCCGAUCUGAUCAGCGCCACCAAGAACGCCUCCGGCAAAAACGUCUCCGAUCCGGCAAUGAUGACCCUCAAAGAGUCUGCCAAGGUGAUGGUGACCAACGUGACAUCGUUACUGAAGACGGUGAAGACCGUGGAGGAUGAAGCCGCGCGGGGAACUCGGGCCCUGGAGUCUACCAUAGAAGCCAUAGGACAGGAGGUUAAGUCGUACGAGGCUGGAACCUUGCCAGAGAAGAAAGCAACGGCAGAAGAUCUGAUCCGACUGACCAAACCUAUCACCACGGCGACCGCCAAAGCAGUGGCUGCUGGGAACUCGGGUCGCCAAGAGGACGUCAUCAUCUGUGCCAACAUGGGACGCAAGGCCAUCUUUGAUUUACUGGCAACAUGCAGGGGCACAGCCAGCACUGCAGAGACAACAGAAGUCCGACAGAAGACGAUAGCAGCCGGCAAGAACUGUGCUGUUGUCUACAAAGAUCUACUGGAGCAGGUCAGCACGGUGGUCCAGAAACCUUCCCAGGAGGCCAAGCAGACACUGGCAGCACGUGCGCACCAAGUCGCGGUGUCCGUACAGGAAAUCGUACACUGCUCUGAACUCAUUAAAGUGGGCCAACCCGCAGAAGGAGGUACAGACUGGGUGGAUCCCGAGGACCCCACAGUGAUCGCCGAGAGCGAACUCCUGACGGCGGCCAAAUCCAUCGAAGCUGCCGCACAGAAACUGUCGCAACUCAAACCACGCAAAAAGGCAAAGGAAGCAGACAUGAGUCUAAACUUUGAAGAGCAAAUUCUGGAGGCAGCCAAAUCUAUCGCCUCAGCAACGGCAGCCUUGGUGAAGUCAGCGUCGGCCGCACAAAGAGAACUUGUGGCGCAAGGAAAGGUUCGCACGCGCAAAGAGAUUGGAGCAACAUACCACAAAUCUCAGAUACUGGACGAUGACGGUCAAUGGUCCGAGGGGCUUAUAUCAGCGGCUAAGAUGGUAGCUGCUGCCACUCAUAGUUUGUGCGAGUCGGCCAAUGCCAUGGUUCAAGGUCAUGCUACAGAAGAGCGACUCAUCGCCUCGGCCAAAGAGGUCGCGGGGUCGACGGCCCAUCUCCUGGUCGCCUGCAGGGUCAAGGCUGACCCAGACUCAGUCGCCAUGAAACGCCUCCAGGCGGCGGGUAAUGCGGUGAAGCGUGCCACGGAGGUCCUGGUGAAGGCGGCCCAGCAGGCCAAGCAGAGAGAUGAGGACGAGGAUAUAAAUGUGGCGGUCGACUCGCGUAAAGUGGGCGGGAUCAAACAGGAACUACAAAUUCAAGAGGAGAUGUUACGGAAGGAGAGAGAAUGGAUCGAAGCCAGAGAGAAGCUGGCCAAGUUCCGUAAACAGCGGUACAAGGACACGGGCCACGAUAGCGACUCAUCAUCCGCCUUCUAACGCCGCACGCUCCAGCUUUAACUGUAUAAUGCGUAUAGUGCCUGUCACGUGUCUUGUGAUGUCAUAAUGGCUUCCAUGUCAGCUGUCCUUGUGAAGGUCAAGGUGACAAGCAUCUAAGUGAUUGAGAAUUUGAAGGGAGUGAGAGUGUUUGAGAUCUGGGUUAGGGUUGCAUUUUUGUGGGUGUGAUUUUUCAAUAUAGAUGUGUAAGUUUGUAUACUUAGAAUGAUGAAUGAUAGAUAAUGUAUUCAGAGGACAGAAAUUUGGAAUUGAGAAGAAAGAGACUCAGAAAGAAAGGAUUCUCAAUAAUCAUAUCAUAUGUAUAUGUAGCUGCUGAUUAAGUGUUAAACCAGUUAUGUCACAUAUUGUACAGGAUUUUACAGAAUUGUUUACCAACCGUGCAAAAAUUUAUCUAUUUUAAAUAGAAGCAGUUGUUAUUCGACACUUGAUUAUUUUUGGAUUUUUUUUCUGCAAGCAGACGUGUUUUUUUUUUUUAAGAAUAUAAACAUGAAGUUUUCCGAAUCUGAUAGAUUAAAUCUACACUGUUUUAAGGUAGCCAAUUGUGAUAUGGUGUUACAAAUGAUAGAUGAUAUGGUGUUACAAAUGAUAGAUAUGCAAUACUUAUAUACAAUAUAAAGACUGAUAUAGCUUACUUAUUCUUUGAUAUGUAUUUGUACUAUCCAUGUACUGCAGAUGUUGUAUUCAAGUCAUGUUUUUAUGUUGACUUAGAAAUAUGCUUUAUCAGCACAGUUUGAGUGAACAUUAACCAGGUUUCUUCCCCUGUUUUGUUGCUGUUUAGAGAUUUCAAUUCACGCUUGAUUUUAGUCAGAGUUUUAAUUGAUAAUUUCAUGAGAAAAACCUUGAUUUGAUUUCUGUGUUUGAUGCCAGGCUUCCACUAACCGAGUAAAUCCGCGAGUAUUUGGUGUGUACCACGCUAGUCCUACACAUAUACCCAGUGCUGCGUAUUGAACAGUUUUAUGUGUGUAUUUUGUAUUAGUCGUGUUUAGUUUUUGAUAAAAGCGAUAAAUAUUUUAUUCUGUUUAAUAUUAUGAUUAUUGUAUAAUUAUUAUGAUGACGACUGUGUAAUUUUCUACAUUCUCUAUCGUACACAAUAUUUGUAGUAAACUUUUGUUUCCUAUAUAAAAUUGGUAUAUUGUAUUUAUACUGACCAUAUAUAACGUAGCCACACCCUCAGCAUUAAUCAAUAUCACCAGGGGUACACUACAGAAUCUGUUUUACUCCUGUAUAACAAACCAUUAAACCAUACAACUACAGCAUGUUCUGUACCCAGAGUUAUCUCUCUUGUUUUAUUCAACCAAUGCAAACAUCAUCUUAUAGAAUUUGAAUUAUCCGAGAAGAACAUCAUGUAGUCGAUGAACUCGUAUUUCAUGAUCAAAAUAUCUACGUUAUAGACUAGCAUUAUGGAUUUUGUUAUCAAUAUUUUGUCAUUAACGGAUUAUUUUGAAACAACCCAUAAUUUGUUUAGUCAAAGAUUAUAGAAAUUAUUUAAUUUUGUGUCAACAAAAUCGUACAUUUUGUAAUUGCAAAUUUGCCAUAAAUAAAAUAACGACGAAAAAUGAUGCUGAGAUGUAGAAAAUUAAUAUAUUUACUCUGACCUUAGCUAACGAUAGCGAUAAUGAAAAUAUUCAGUCUGACCUUGGUUACAGCGGAUGAUAAUAUAUUCACUGACCUACGUCACAGUUACGAUUAUUAAUAUAUUCACUCUGACCUUAGCCAACAGUGACGAUUAUUAAUAUAUUCACUCUGACCUUAGCUAACAGUGACGACUAUUAAUAUAUUUACUCUGACCUUAGCUAACAGUAACGAUUAUUAAUAUAUUCACUCUGACCUUAGCUAACAGUGACGUUAUAAUAUAUUCACGCUGACCAUAGCUAACAAUGAUGAUUAUUAAUAUAUUCACUCUGACCUGUGACCUCUUCAGUGUGCAUGUGUCGGCUUACUAUACCAUGUAUAUUACGUACUGUAUUUUUCCAUGUAUUACUGGAUGUGUGUGAUAGUCACAUAAAAUUUGCAUAUCAAGAGUUACUGAUCAUGACGCUUACAAAUAUGAAGUUUUAAUAACAGGUUCAAAUAAAUUUAUGUACAAGA